AUGAAUGAGGAUGGAUUUGCCAUCAUGUUGUUUACCAUUUUUUUCAUGAGCAUAGCAACAUCACCAAUUGUGAACUUCCUCUAUAGACGGACUAAAAGGUUCUUGCCAAGCCAGCACAGGGUGUUACAGGACCUAAAACCAGAUGCUGAGCUCCGAAUCCUUACCUGUAUUCAUGAAGUACAAACUGUUGCUGGAAUUACUGCACUCCUGGAAAUAUCCCAUGCCUCCAGAAGAUCCCCAAUUUGCGUCUUUGCUCUUCAGCUCAUGCAGCUGAAAAAACAUACUACCGCUCUCCUCAUUGUUCAUGACUCCAGCAGGGCUAGCUCAAAAAGCGUCAGUAAAGUAGGCGGACAAAUAGACCAAUUAAUUGCUGCGUUUAACAACUUAGAGCAUCAAAGUCCAAAUAUAUCUGUUCAGCUAUUGACUGCUAUAUCUCCUUAUGGCACAAUGCAUGAGGAUGUCUGCAGUCUUGCUGAGGAAAAGCAGGUGACACUAAUCAUUCUCCCAUUCCACAAGAGACAGACUAUCCAUAAUAACAUGGAAGAAAUGAAUCCUGCUUAUAAAGAUGUAAAUAAUAAUAUUUUAGCAAAUGCACCUUCUACUGUUGGUAUUCUUGUAGAUCGUGGUUUUGGCACAUUGUUACCUACUAAAAAAGACGAGGGUAUAAGUAGGAGUUGCAGAAUUGCCAUGAUCUUUAUAGGGGGGCCUGAUGACAGAGAGGCUUUGACCUAUGCUUUGCGCAUGGCGAGACAUCCGAAGGUAAGUCUAACAGUUUUGAGGUUUAUUCUAGAUGAAAGUAGAGCUAUAGCUGGUUCAACACAAAAUGACGAUGAAGAUUUUUCCGUCAUAAUGGGAGCUGAAGCUGAAAAGCAAGCUGAUGACCUUUUGGUAAAUGAGUUUAGGCACAAGGUACAGAAUGAUGGCUCAGUUGUUUAUAUAGAGGAGAUGUCUAGUAAUGGGGCAGAAACAGUGAAAAUAAUAGCAACACUAGAUCAGGAUUUUGAUCUCUAUGUGGUAGGAAGAGGAUUGGGGUUCUUUUCGCCGCUGAAGGGUGGGUUAGAUGAGUGGAGCGACUGCCCGGAGCUAGGGUCGAUUGGGGAUCUGCUGCUGACAUCAGACUUUUCUUCUACUGCUUCAAUUUUUGUGGUGCAACAGCAUGCAUGGCUCAACCCCGGAUCAUCAACUCAAGGAAAUUCAAUUCUAUGA